GGUGCCCAGAGCACUAUCUUUCUCCUUCACAACAAUCUCUUUUGGUCUCUUAUUUCAGUGUGUUGUUAAUCUUCUGAUACACUUCGGACUUCAAAAGUAGAACCCAUUUCUCAGAAACUCUAUUUGUUUACUUUCUAAAAUUCUGACACAAUUUUGUUGAAGGUUGUUCGUUGAGGUAGCAUAGCAUGGCUUCCAUCAUUGCAAGCUUGCCUCCACCACUGUUGGUCCAUGGCAGAAAUACAAACACGACCCUUUUCAGAGCUCUUCCAAAACUCCCCGUUUCUUCCGUUUCAGAGAGACAGAAUCGUGUUGCUGUUGUGGUGAAGGCUACUGGGGAAAGCUCCGAGUCUUCAACAUCUAUUGUGAAAUCUGUUCAGAAUGUGUGGGAUAAUUCUGAAGAUCGGCCAGCUCUUGUUGCUUUGGGGUUUGCAGCUGUAGUAGGUUUAUGGACAUCAACGAAUUUGAUUACAGCCAUUGACAAGUUGCCGCUUAUCCCAAGUGUGCUGGAAUUUGUCGGAAUACUUUUCUCUUCGUGGUUUAUAUAUCGAUAUCUCCUAUUCAAGCCUGACCGGGAAGAGUUUUUCCAAAUCGUGAACAAAUCAAUAUCCAAUAUCUUGGGGCAGUGAAUUGGAAUUGCAGCUGUCCUGAGAAUGAUUUUAGUUUGGGGGAGGGAUUGGCAGGAACUUAAUAUGUAUUACAGUAGCAAUCAAACUCAUUAUUCCGAGUCAAUCAAGAACCUCAAGUUGGUCUUCAAUCAAGGUCUUUGAGAAAUCA